CUUACCGUGUGGCUAGCGUAGCAGCAUACCGCGGAAAAAGAAGAUUAGUGCCCAGAGGAGUAUCGUCGCGGUUGGCAUUUAUCGUUUAUCAUCACUCAGAACUACGCGGAUUCUGUGAUGAGCAUUCUGUACAAUUCGAACUGGAUAGACUUAGCGCCGGUACGAAUUGCAUCAGACUUCCCCUGUACUCAUUAGCAUACGAAACUCGUUCAUUGUGAAAACACUACACCUGGAUAGCCAUUAUUUCCGGUCACGAUGGCAGCGAACGACCUUCCGUCGCCUAGUGAAAUCGCCCUCAUUACGCCUCGCUCUGAAACAGCUCCCAGUGUCCCAGGAAUGCAACAGGAUGAAAAGGUUCACAUGAAAAAGCAAUUGGGGCUCCUCGAAGGGGUUGCAAUUAUUCUGGGUAUUAUACUCGGCUCGGGUAUUUUCAUUUCCCCGAAAGGAGUCAUACGAGAAGUGGAUGCGGUCGGGACGUCCCUCGUUAUCUGGAUCCUCUGCGGAUUAUUAUCCAUGAUUGGCGCGCUUUGCUACGCAGAGCUGGGUACAUGCAUACCUAAAUCUGGUGGAGACUAUGCCUACAUCUUCGAAGCGUACGGACCGAUGCCGGCAUUCCUGUUCCUCUGGGAUGCAAUGAUGAUAUUUGUGCCUUCUACAAAUGCAAUUAUGGGGCUUACUGUGGCUAGUUACAUAUUGCAACCGUUCUUCCCUGAUGAGUGUAAAAUUCCAGAAAGUGCCCUCCAGUUAUUGGCGGCUUUUCUCAUCUGCGGGUUGACUUACUUGAACUGCUUCGAUGUGAAAACAACAACAAAAAUGCAAAACGUGAUUAUGUUUACAAAGAUAGCAGCGUUGGUACUAAUUAUCGUGGUUGGUAUCGUCUGGAUGGCACUCGGCAAUGUGGAAAAUUUCGAAGGUCCAUUCCAGGACACACAAACUGAUCCUGGCAAAAUAGCAGUGGCAUUCUACUCAGGAAUAUUCUCAUACGCUGGCUGGAAUUAUUUGAAUUUCAUGACGGAAGAAUUGCGGGAUCCAUACAAAAAUCUUCCACGUGCUAUUUACAUUUCGUUGCCAAUUGUGACUGCAAUUUACGUACUAGCGAAUAUGUCGUAUCUGGCCGUAUUAACGCCGCAACAAAUGAUUGCGUCAGAGGCAAUUGCAGUUACGUUCGGAACUAAAACUCUAAAAAUGUGGUCCGUAAUCAUCCCCAUAAUGGUAGCAAUCUCAGCGUUUGGUGGACUAAGUGUUCAUAUCAUGACAUCGUCACGUAUGUGCUUUGUCGGUGCUCGAAAUGGACAUAUGCCUUCGUUUCUAUCUCACAUUAAUAUGAAUAAAUUUACACCAGUACCGUCAUUGGUGUUUCUAUGCAUCUUAUCAUUAUUAAUGCUUGUUGUAAGCGAUGUCUAUGUGCUCAUUACAUACAGUAGCAUUGUUGAAUCAUUUUUCAUAAUGUUAACUGUGUCGGCUGUGUUGUAUUUCAGGUAUAAGCAUCCAAAUAUGGAGCGACCCAUCAAAGUGCCGUUGUGGAUUCCAAUUGUAUUUGUUAUCAUUUGUGCGUUUCUCAUUAUAAUUCCCUGCUACGUUGCGCCGUAUGAAGUCGGCAUGGGAGUGCUUAUUACUGCUGCGGGUAUUCCAUUCUACUAUUUUGGAGUUGUCUGGAAAGACAAACCGAUUUGGGUACAAGAAUCAAUUAAACGAUUUACUGUCACAUGUCAGAAAAUAUUCUUAGCGGCCAAAGAAGAGAAGGAAGACUAAGAAAAACUGCUCGAAUGCAUCUCUCAUUUUUUAUAAAUUAAUAUUAUUUAAUAUUGUUUUUACAUCACAGUGUGACUUAUUAUGAACUUGGUUUUUUAUUUCUGCUUGGCUCAGAAAAGGAUCGUAUACAAAUUUUUUUAUAUGUCGACUUGAACGUAUAUUUAAAAUAUAUUUAUACAGUAAGUUACUUAAAAGUAGAUUAACUAUAGUAUUGAAAUUGUACUUAAUGAUUUGUGCACAACAGAUAUGAAUAAGACUUUCUUAUUUGAGACUA